ACACAAGCGCACACCAAAGCGGCACUCUGCGACGACACCUAGGGUUUUACGAGUGAAAUCUCAAAUCCAUGGCGGACGACGAUUACCAAGAUGUCGACGAUUUGGGGUAUGAGGAUGAGCCAGCAGAGCCGGAGAUUGAAGAAGGAGUAGAGGAGGAUGCUGAUAUGAAGGAAAAUGAUGAUGUGGAUGGUGAACCUAUUGAAACAGAGGAUAAGGUAGAGGAGGAAGCUGUGCCACGUCCGCGUAAGACGUCUAAGUUCAUGACCAAGUAUGAACGGGCUAGGAUACUAGGCACUCGUGCUCUCCAGAUAAGCAUGAAUGCUCCUGUGAUGGUGGAGCUGGAGGGUGAGACUGAUCCACUUGAGAUUGCAAUGAAGGAGCUUAGACAGCGUAAGAUACCUUUCACAAUCAGGCGUUACUUACCAGACGGGAGUUUUGAAGAAUGGGGAGUGGAUGAACUCAUUGUGGAAGACUCAUGGAAGCGUCAAGUCGGUGGUGAUUAAUCAAUAACAUUACUCUUAUCAUGUAGCACUUCUCUUAUGUUGUUAUAUGCAAGUGAAUCAACCAAGACUCAAAAACAUAGAUUGCUGUAGUGUUUGAAUGUUUCUAGCCUGCUUUAAACAGAAGCAUUUUGGACAUAUAUAUCUGGUAACAAAUCAUAUAACGGCUUAGGGCUGUCA